AUGAGGCUGUGUAGCCGGGGUGUGAUGAUGCUGCUGACCACGGCGGGGGCUUUCUGCGCCUUUAGCCUCAUGACCAUCGCCGUGGGCACGGACUACUGGCUGUAUUCCCGCGGUGUGUGUCGCUCCAAGAGCCUGAGCGACAAUGAGAGCCUCCACAAGAACGAGGAGGUCCUGACCCACUCCGGUCUGUGGAGGACCUGCUGCACUGAGGGGAUAUUUCGAGGUAUUUGCAAAAACAUUGACCACUUUCCUGAUGAUGCUGAUUAUGACCAGGAUGCUGCAGAGUAUUUACUACGAGCAGUACGAGCCUCCAGCCUCUUCCCCAUCCUCAGUGUGGGAUUAUUAUUUCUUGGAGGUGUGUGUGUAGCUGCCAGCGAGUUCUACAAGUCGCACUACAAUGUCAUUCUCAGCGCUGGUAUACUGUUUAUCUCUGCAGGUCUCAGUAACAUCAUUGGCAUCAUUGUGUACAUAUCAGCCAACUCAGGUGACCCUGGCCAGAGUGACAGCAAGAAGAGCUACUCCUACGGCUGGUCUUUUUAUUUUGGGGCUCUGUCCUUUGUGCUGGCUGAGAUGGUGGGUGUCCUGGCAGUACAUGUGUUCAUAGACAAACAUCGACAACUGCGCACUCCACGCCGGCCUUCCCUCUUGAAGCAGUCCUUCUCUCGCAACUCAUCUUACUACCGAAACCCUUACCAGAAUCACGGCCGUCGAUACAGUAACAGGAGCAACCACGGUGCAGGGGACUCCUUUCAAGGAUCCUUUGUGCCAGACCAAGAACCAUCCCUCUGUGGUGAGUCCAAAGUCACCACCAUAGCAGGUUUGCCAACACCAGUGACAGUGAGCUCAGAGUUCAUGCUCUACACCUUAACCUCACCUGUCAAAGACAAUAUGGCUGUGGAUGAUUUAACUAUCGCAGCUGCUCACAACAACGCAGAGAUGCUGCCUGGAGACUGUGUUGCCAACAGAAGGACCACACCUGUCUAAAAGGAGAGGAACUAGGGGAGGAGGGAGACACAAAGGAUAAAUCUCAAUUCCUUUACUUGCAUCCAUAGCUGCAUCUGAUGUCUGAUAUGAUCAUUCCGGUCAAGCAAGGGUUGAGGACUAAGGAACAGUCCCAAGUUAUAAUUUAUACAGUAUCUCCUAUGAGGAGCGAAGAUCCAGGUGUAAGGAGGCUGCUUGAAAGACCAAGAGAGAGGAUACACAAAGCAUCCUUUGCCAAAGUCUUUUAUGGACCACCACGACCCUUUAUUGGAAAUCAUUUAGUGAUCAGAGGCUUCAGAUGAAGGUCUGUAAGAAAGGACAUCCUGUGUUUCCAAAAAUGUGUUUCUUUAAUUCCUCUCUCCUUGAAAUUUUUUCCUUGCAUCUUUUUCUUGCAUCUUAAGUGGGUGGGACAGGGACAGAAGGAAAAGAUGCAAGUGAGGUAUUUCCUGUCCAUCGACUCUAGUCUAAAGCACUCUGUACCUUUUAACACAGUUGCCAAGCUCUGAGAAAAAAAUGUGAAGUAAACAAGAACAGAGAUCCACUAUUUGUAUACUUUGUAUGUCAUUUGCUAUGAUAUUACAGUGGCUAUAUCUCCAGUAUACAGUAUCUGUAGUGUGUGUGUGUGUGUGUGUGUGUGUGAAUGAGUGUGGACUAAUAUGUGUGUGUAUGAGACACAUAGUGAUCCAGAGAGAAAAUGUCCAUGAAAAUAAGAUGCCAUCACACAGAAGUAUAUGCAUAAAUUUGGGAAUGACAUGAUAACUAAUUAUGACCUGUUCGUGUCCUCUGUUAUUUGGACCUAUAUGAUCAAACUGAAAGCCCAUUUAACACAUUAGAGCUCUUUCUGUCUCACACUGUGUGUCUGUUUUCUAAGCAUGUGAGCAUGUAAAACUAUAACUGAAGGUUCUGCCCUUAUGUCACUGAGUCUCUUUUUACCUCUAAUAAAGCUUAUAAA